UGUUCCACAGAUAACAAUCGCAUUUUACGACCACAGAUUAAUUAAGAAAGCCUUAAGUUAAAAAAAAAUACGUUUUAGUAUUUUAGAUUUCUGAACGUAUUAAAAAGUAAAAAGUCAACGGUUGCCAUAGUGAUUACACUUUGUUUAUAUUUUAGGUUAGGAAUUAUCGAACUUACGGAUUAUUGAUAAAACUUCAAUAAUAUAAACUUGUUUUAAUUACUAAUUUAGAGAUAUGGAAAAUCAAGAUACGCCUCAAAUAAUUACUCAUAUUGAACAUAAUCUGGAUCAUUCUUUAUUCGACUGCAAGUGGAUACCAUGUUCUGCAAAGUUUGUUGUGAUAGGGUCCUUGCCGAAAGGCUCAGGGACUAUAGAAAUAUUUGAAAUUACUUCUGGAGAAGCGCGGAAAAUAAAGGAGAUUGAGAGACCCAACGCCUUCAAGUGUGGCACAUUUGGCGCCAGCAGUGAUGUGGAAAGACGAUUGGCUACAGGAGACUUCAAAGGGACCAUGGAAAUAUGGGAUUUAGAAAGGAGCACCCAAGUGUACAUAACCAAAGAACAUACAGACAUAAUAAACUCCAUAGAUGGAAUGGGCGGUAACACUGUCAGUUGUGGAGCCCCUGAAAUUGUCACCGGAAGCAGAGAUGGGACUGUUAAAAUUUGGGAUCCUCGUCAAAGAGGAAAACCAGUAGCGAACAUGCAACCAGCUCAAGGAGAAACCAAAAGAGACUGUUGGGCUGUAGGCUUCGGCAACUCAUUCAAUGAUUCUGAACGAAUAGUCGUCGCUGGCUAUGAUAAUGGAGAUUUGAAAAUGUUUGACCUUCGCACAAUGUCUCUCAGAUGGGAGUGUAACCUCAAGAAUGGGGUAUGUUUCGCUGAAUUCGACCGUAAAGACAUUCCAAUGAACAAGCUUGUUGCAACUACUUUAGAAGGAAAGUUCCAUGUAUUUGAUGUAAGGACCCAAAACCCAGCUAAAGGUUUUGCUCAGGUCAUGGAUAAUACCACCAAAAGUGGGACUAUCUGGGUGGCACGACACCUCCCACAGAACCGCGACAUCUUUAUAACUUGCGCAGGCAAUGGACAAGUUACUCUUUGGAAAUACGAAUACCCCGAGCAGCGCUACCGGACCGACGAAAAGGGCACGGCCGUCGGCGUCCCCGGCAAGCUGCGUCGUCUCCAACGCAUGGUGUUCAGCACACAGCCCAUCAACUCGCUGGAGUGGAACCGCGACCACCAGGGUCUCGCCGUGGCUACUGCCUACGACCAGUAUGUUAGAGUUCUGGUCACCACCAAGCUCAACUUACAGUGAAGAGAGAUGCCUCAAGAACUUUCUACUGCUAUGUAUGUGUAAAAAAACUUCAUUCUAUUGCUAGAUUAAUGAGUUGAGACGACUUUAGCGUCGUCAAACACACUGCGCAACCGCUGAAGUACCUUCCAGGAACUCUGACCUGACCAAUAUGUUAGGGUGCGUCGAUACCAAGCUCAACUUACGUGAGAGUGGGGAGUUACUACGCGUACUCUUGGCCAUGUAAAAACAGACUUCAUUCUUUAUUACUAUCAUUGCUACUUCAGUCUCCAGACUUGAGUCUCAAGCUGCGUCGUCUCCAAGGCAUGGUGGUCAGCACACAGCCCAUCAACUCUUUAAAAUGGAACCGCGACCACCAGGGUCUCGCCGUGGCUACUGCCUACGACCAGUACGUUAGAGUUCUGGUCACCACCAAGCUUAACUUGCAGUGAAGAUAAAAGACUCAAGAGGAGUUGUUCCCGCUAUUGACGUGUAAAACAAACUUCAUUCUAUUGCUAGAUAAAAAAGAGUUGAGACGACUUUAGCGCAUCGUCGUCAAACACAGCGCAAGGCGCUGAAGUACCUCUGUACCAAGAACUCAUAUCAUUACUACUGCAUCUGACCAAUAGGUAGAUACCAAGGAUUGGGGUGCGUCGAUACCAAGCUCAACUUACAGUAAUAGUGCCUACGACCAGUACGUCAGGGUUUUAGUCACCAAGCUCAACUUACAAUGAGAAUGAGGAGUUACUUUUUCCUAUGGCUACAUGAGACUGCUUUAGCGAAUAGCAGUCA